AUGGAUCUCCUCUGCAUCUUGUUGCUCUCAAUUCUGACAGCUUACGGUAAAGGUGAUGCUAAUGAACCAAAAUCAGUUGUCAUAGAAACACCUUCCGGUCCAGUAAGAGGUUACCAUGAGCUGGUAAAAAAUUAUCUUUCAGUCUAUCGAUUCAUUAGAAUCCCCUAUGCGAAGCCCCCGGUCGGAGAUCUCAGGUUCCGAAAGCCACAGCCAGUCGAAAGAUGGACGGAAGUACAAGGAAUUCCUGAUCUCCAUGGACCGGCGUGCAUGCAACAAGAUAUUGGAUUGGGCAUAGACUAUACCCCGGAAUAUUCCGAAGACUGCCUUCAACUGAAUGUUUACGUCCCGGGGGAAGUUUCUCCAAAACAGAGUCUAUCUGUAAUGGUGUGGGUCCAUGGGGGAGGAUUUGUAGUAGGAUUUGCUGGUGAGACAAACGGUCAGAGACUAGCAGCGGAAGGUGACGUCAUUGUGGUAACGAUUAAUUACAGACUGGGAUUAUUUGGCUUCUUGAAUCUACAUGAUCCUGUAUCUAAGGGGAACUAUGGACUUUGGGAUCAGAUGAUGGCAUUCCGUUGGGUUCAUGAGAACAUAGCAGCAUUUGGAGGAAAUCCUUAUUCUGUAACUAUUUUCGGUGAAUCGGCUGGAGGAAUGAGUGUCCAUUUUCAGACUUUGAUACCGGCAAAUACUGGGAUGUUCCAAAGAGCUAUUUCCAUGAGUGGUGUAGUAAACAGACAGGUCAUCACUGCAGAUUCCGACAUCGAUAAAAUGAACGAGAGAAUUUCGGAAAAGACGAGCUGUCCAAUACAGAACAAAGCUGAGUUUUUCGCUUGUCUCCAGAAAAUUCCAGCUAGCGAAGUUUUACAUGCUGUCAAUAUUUAUGAUUUUAUGGCUUCCGAUAACUUUACAGUAGAAAUGUUGAUGGGUCCAAGCAUGGACGAUGAAUUGAUUACGAGCAAGCUGUACUUUACAAUGCAUGAUGAUAGUUCUCCGGAAGGACAGUUCUUCCGGUCUUUGGAUUUUAUGACAGGAACUACAAGUGCGGAAGGAUCGCUGUUGUAUUUCACUCUUAUGCCCGAACUCCAAGAGACUUAUAAUUUCUCUGUCGAGAAAGGGAUUCCCAGGCACGUCCUCUGUAAUGUCAUAAUACCCGGCCUAGUGCAAGAGUUGUUUGGCAACAAACCGGAAUUGAGUAAGAAACUAUGUGAGUUUUACACAACAGAUAAAGGAGACGAUGACCAAAGUAAUCGAGCCACUGACUUCUACGGAGAUAGUGUGAUGGUCGCUCCAGCAACUAGUGCUCUCAUUGCGCAUGCCAGAAACAAUGCCAAUCACAAAACCUACCACUAUAUUUUGUCUGCCACAAGCCCCCUCCCCUUUGGUCCGCCUCCUCCGCCAUGGUUUAGAGGAGCGGGUCACGCGGACGACCUGUAUCAUCUUUUUGACAUGCCUGUCCUUCCGGUUUACAAUCACACAGAAGAAAGACAUAACAGACUCAGUGAAAAGAUUAUCCGCUAUUUCUCGAAUUUCGCCAAAACUGGAGAUCCAAAUUCUGAGGAAACUCCUGUGAGGUGGCCGACCUAUGACAUCAAGAAGCGGGAAUAUCUCGAUUUUGACUUCGAAAUCUCUGUGAAGAAAGAUUUUAAUGUUGGAGCUACAAGAAUAAUGCAUCCUGAACUGAAGGAACUUUGGGAUGAUAUAAAAGAAGAACUAUGAACUAG